UGUUAGCGCCCGCAGACUUCAGUGAGCUAACUAGCUAGCACGUUACACUGUGUAGGCCCCCAUCAACCUGUGUCUCCUUUUCAUCAUCUCGUUUCCUUGUUGUCAGUUUGUGGUCUUGUGUGUCUCUACAGAGUCAUUUUGAUCAUCCUAUAGUUCGUGUUUGUGGCCUUUGCAUCCCUGUGUGGCUAGUUUGUAUCGUCACUUUGUCUCUUCAGUUGUCUCUUAUGGUCUUGUUGCGCCUCUCUGUGUUUUGUGUCUCUGUAGUCUCUCUGUACGUAUUGUGUAACGCGGGCUGAGGGUGGGUGUGUGUGUGUGUGUGUGUGUGUGUGUGUGUCAGCGAUGGCAGCGGUAGCUCCGGCUAGCUAGCUGAAAGAUCGGCAGGGCAACAGCACUGAGACAGGCCCGCAGAGACCGACAGCUGGUGAGCAAGAGACUCCUGCUGACUGAAGAUGAGGAACAGCGAGAGGUCACCAUGGACACUGCGUCAGGACAACAGGAUUUGGUCGACCUGCUCUGCAAAGUCCAACACAGCGGGCCUGAGAGGGGAACCCACCUGAAAGCCCUGAGUAAAGCUCUCCGUGACCCAUCUGAACAGCUCACCUUCAUUAAGCAGGAGAAUAGUGUGAAUCUGCUGGUCAGUCUCCUCACUGGCUCUAACGCUCAGUGCCGCCUGCAUGCUGCUCGUUGUCUUCAUGAGCUGUCUCACUCUCCCCACACCAAUGUGGCCCCAGCCUGUCUGCCUGCCACCCCUUACCUGCUCACCUUCCUGUCUGGCCAGAGCACCAAGUUCACUGAGCUGUGUCUCUACACAUUGGGUAAUUUAUUCCCAGACAGUGAUGUUGUGAAAGACAAACUCCUGGCCCAGGGCAUCAUUCCAGCUCUGGCCAACUGUAUCGAGAACCAGAAGCACAAUCUAGCAGUGGUGGAAGCGGCAGCCUUCUCCCUCACUCAGCUUCUUCAGGCCAAAGACGCAGCAGAGAAAAUAAUCCCGAAGGUCCUAGCCUCCAGUUUACCUUCACAAUUGUUAUCAGUCCUGAAUCCUGACCCAAACUUUGGCUUGGCACCUGCUAUCGAGUGUGCUUGGUGUCUCCACUACCUGGCAUGCAGCAGUGAUGGUAACGGAGAGCUGUUGGCUCUUGGGGCCCUGUCGCAUUGCAGUUCUCUCCUAAUGUCACUAGGUGGUGCUGUCGCUGAAGGAAACAAAGAAGAAGGAAUGGAGUUGCUUGUCUGCCCUCUGCUCCGCUGCGUGGGAAACCUUGUUUCCUGCUGCCCAGUGGACAGCCUGAGCACACAAGUAGGUGACGUUCGACUUGUGGCUGCUCUCUGUGCACUUAUUAAGGCCUACCUACACACCCAGCCUGCCUUGGCCAGGGAGAGCGCCUGGGUCCUCAACAACCUCACAGCUCACUCCACUGAUUUCUGCUCGGCUCUGCUGACUCUCAACUUGGUCCCUGGACUGAUCCAGCUUCUGCCUUUCUCUCAAGGCAUCAAUACAAUGAUCCUCAGGGUUCUCGCAAACGUCGCCCACAAGAAAAAGGAGUCCUGUUUACAGCUGGCCCAGCUUGGGUUGCUGUCUACGCUCUGCGCAACACUCAAAAUGGCUGACCAAGAGAUGGUGACCCUGAGUCUGGAAAUCCUCUUCAUGUUGGUCAUUGGCCGACCACAGGUGGCAGAUGAGUUUGUGAGGCUCAGUGGAGUUUCAUUGUUGGAAGCAAUUCAGUACAAUAGUGAAGGAGAGAUGAGGCGAAGAGCAGCAUACCUCCUGGAGCACCACCUGCUGUCUCACUCAGCCGACUGCACAGUGGACAAUGUCCCAUGAUCUUGAGGCAACGGGAAGGCAUCAAUUUUACACAUACGGUACAGUGUAUCACCAUAUACAGGCUCUAUGAGGACAUGCCUGAGGAUAUAAGACAACUUGUUUAUAUUUUGACUAACGUAAGCUGAUAGACAGAUGCUGUUUUUAUAUUGAAUUUAUGUAAUAUGAUCUGUUUUUACCAUUGGUUAUCACUGUUGCAUCAAUGGUAUUUUUAAUAACCAUAAAGAUGAAGUAAGUUUUUAAUACUUCUAGUCUUAGACUCAUUCUCAAGCCUUUACAUGAAAUUGUAUGAGAAAGACUAAAGAUUAGAGAGACUGAGAUUUUGCACACAGAGUUCUCUCGAAUGGCUGUAGAGGACUUAAAUGUAUAAUUGUGAUGAAAACCACGUUUUUGUGAUGAUGACGGAUUUUAGAAGUAUGUAUUUUUAACCAAACAUGCAACACCAUUGUAUAUUCAUCAAAUAAAUGAAUAAACAACACCUUCACAACACACACUAGAUGGUUGUUUAGUAAGUGUUUGAGCAUGACGAUAUAUUGUUUUUUCUUUGACAUUAAUAAGCUCAUGUAUUUACACAACGAUGAACCAAAAUGUCAUGACCAUUCCCAUUACACUGCAGUAAGUGAACAGUUUGGUUGGAUGUGGUAGAAAUGGGGAAGACAGUGAUCGAAACCACCAGCCGGGUGCUGGGGGAUGUGUGGUCGUUGACUCAGUGUAUAAGACAACAUGUCCGCCUCUCUCUGGGAUCUAUGAUUGUAAAUGUAGGACUUUUUUUCAUAAACUGCCCCUGUUGUAUCAAUAUGUUUGUUUGUGAAAUCCUUUGACCGACAAUAUGUUCAAAACAUUGAUGUUGUGAAUUUGAUCAAACUGUGUAUGGGAGAGAUAUUGUCUUAUGAAAUUGAUAGUAUCAAUGAGCAUAUUGUCUUAAAUAAUGACAUUGUCCCAAGUUAAUUAGCUGAAAAUAAUCUGCAUCUAUUCAGAUAUAGCCCAAAUUGAUCCUUAUCUGAAAAUUAUGAUAUUGUAAACAAAUUAAUUACUAGCGAAUACAGUCUUGCUGCAGCCCACACCCACUUAAAAAAAUGAAUGAGGACUGCAGAAUUCCUUAUCCAAAAUUCAAAUCUACUUGUCAUGUUUUAUUUACUAAAAUGACUUAACAUUUUAAUCAAAACUAAUAAGAUAAAGCAAGAAUGUGGCUCAAAUGAAAAGAUCCUGUGUCCGUGUGUUUGACAUUCAAGCUAGCUUUCCUCAUCAAACAACACCAAGAAGACAGUUUAGUUUUUUUGAUGUCAGACGUUGUCCUUUGUGUUCAGUUCAAAUCAAAAGAUUUGUUCUGAUAUACUUAGUUGUUGCACACAAUCAAAAUCUUAUAAACUUUGUAUUCUGCAUUGACGAAAUGUUGAAAUUCAUAUAUUUGUGUGGAUUAUUACCUUAUGGGACCAGCUCCAGUUAAUUGAGGUUGCUGCCUGAAAGAACAAUAUAAACUCUUUGCAACUGACUCCGUUCGACUCCAGUGAACUUUUUUGAAUAUUUUUCUGACUCUUAAGAUUUAUUGAAGACGCUACUUUCGACAAAGUGUUGGUGCAGGAACCAGAUCUUUGGGUUUCUGUGACCCGGGAGAUUUUAAAUUUAAAAUCCCAUUCACCAACAGGGCAUCAAUUCAUUUCAGCAGAAAUGGUUUUGACCCACUUGUUCUGUUAUAAACUAUUUGACAUCAUAACAGUUCUCCCUUCCCUGGAUUUACACAGAGGACAUUUUAGUGUCAAACUGCCUCGGCCUGCAAGUGUCCAGCUCCUCCCCUUCAUGAAAAAAAGAAGAAAAAGUCUCAAAUUUCCUCACUUCCUCUUUGCACCAACAACAUUCUCUUCCCGCUAGCUUUCGUAAUCCUUCUCUGCAUGAAAAAGUAAAACAAGCCAGACACGGCGUUUAGUUUACUGACAAUGGAGGGCACUGAGCCAACAACGAGAGUGGGAACAACAGGAAAACAUGGGAUACAGGAGGCAGACAGCAGAGAGCUGAUGUCCAGCAAACCUCUGCAUCGUUUUGUCAAGAGGGAGCCCAGAUGUCUUGGGAUUGUCCUUCUGAUGUUUGGCUGCGCAGAGCUCCUGAUGGGAUUUCAUCUGGCCUCUGAAGAUUUGCCAAACUCUUGUGUGAUCUACAUCCCCUUCUGGCAGGGAGCUCUGUUUCUUGUCUGUGGAAACCUGUCUAUCUACACCGAGAUCCAUCCGUCCAAGAAGAUGGUGACUGUGUGUUUGGCCAUGUAUGUGGUUGCCCUCUUGGGAACCAUCGUCUCUAUUGGUUACAGGAUAUUCUGCUUCAGCCAUUUAGCCUACCUUAAAGGCAUGUCAAGUUACAGCCAGGAGAAGGAAUGGGCCGUCAUUAGAAUUCAACAGCUCCUAGGUGUUGAAGGCUUACUGUUCACGUCCUCUUGGUGUGUGGUAGUGCUCCUCAUCUUCUUGAGUAGCGUUGCACGUUUUGCACUGAAAUCCACACAAACUCAGGUCAUUGUCCAGUGCAUCCCAGCGCCAGCACAGAGUGCCACAACAUCAACCUAAGAUCCGUCUUUUCUAUCAUCAUUCUACAAUAUGUAGCACUGUUUUCCCGCAGGUCACGUAAAUAUGUCAGUAUACUUCUGCACAGUAUAUUACAUGUGAAUGUUACACCACCUAGUGGCAGUAGCCUUACUGCCAGCGUUUUUGUGAGGGACAAACGUCAUUCAACAGUAUGUGAACUACUCCUGUGAACCACAUUUGUUUGCUUUUUUUGUGAAACUUGGUUGGGAAUGACAACGUGAGAUACAUAUUUUACAUGCACUCAAUAUGGAAACAAAGCAACCACUAAUAUCUCUAUAGGAAGGCUUAUGUGUACUUACUGUAUGGGUCAUAGUAAACGCUUGUAUUACAUAACACUUAACUAUAACACAUUGUUCAUGGUGCACAAAUGACCUGAAGUAAAGCCUUGAGACCAACAGGUCUGGCAAAAUCUUGUCACCUUAUCUUUAUGUAUAUUUUACAAACAGUAAAUAUAAGGUAACACUGGUCUUCAGACAGAAGACCAUGCUUUUAUAUUUACAUUAAAUUAAUAAGUGCAUUUUGUGUCCGCUCCACAAUCCCCCAAAACACAUCCAACCAGGAAAGUUUUUAAUCAAAACGUACGGAGUCAGUUAGAAUUUCAAUUAUGUAUUGUCGACACUUUGUGUAAAACUAACUGAUUUUAAAAAUAAAUCAGUAUUCAGUGUUUGGGCUGAGUUUAGCCUGUAUUUUAAACUGUGCCUGCAGCUUUUAAUCAUCAAUGUGAUCUUCUACUGUACAUUUAGCUGAAGACAUUUUACAGUGUGACUUUGGACAGAUGAGCAGAUGUGGCUCUGUUUUAAUUACAGGACAGCAUUGUGAUUGUUGCUUCAGAAAUCAAAAGAACAUUUGGUUUAUUGGAAAUAAUUUGGGUUGGAAUCUGCUUCCAUAUGAAUUGGUUCAAUGGAUAUAAUUGCUGGCAUGUUCCUAGUGUAGCUUUUGACUCGGAUGUACAUGUCCAUAAUUCAACAUGUUCAUCUACAGGACUGUGAUAUGAGGAGCCUAAUUGGAGACCUGUUGCCAUCGUUUGCCAGUAAAUGUGUGAAGAACAGAUUUGGGCAGGGGUCACUAACUAUAUUUGGUGCAAUCAAUGUGAUGCAUGAUGUCUUUGUUAAAUAAAGAACAAAAAUACAAUGCGAA